AUGGAUACAUUCUUGAAUGAUAUCCUAUCUCCCACUCGACCCAGAUGGAGAAAGGUGGCAUAUGGAGGGAUGCAACCUGGGUUUGAUGACAACCAUACAGAUGACUCUUUUCUUGAAGAUAUGGUUAUGAAUGCCAAUGUUGUCAAAAGGGACAUUCUGAAGUGA